AUGCCAAACCACGAGCAAGAAGAGCUGGAAGAUUCAUUACUCGCCAAGGUGGUGUCUCGUCAGUUUUUCUCGCACGCGUACGGAGCUAUCACGUGCGACCUGCCGCCUCACGCUACCCAUUGCGUGAUCUUCUUCGCAUUCCGCGCCUCGUCUCCAGAGUCAGAGACCGAAGCCGGCCCGCAGGUAACGCUACCGGCGGGUACCGUCUUCUACUGCAACUUCCACGCGCCCAGUCUCGACUGUCCGAUCAAGGAGGAGCCCUAUGGGAGUUUCCAAGUGCGUCGACUAGUAGGCGGUGGCGGUUACCUGACCACGACCGUAGGUCAGAACGAAUCAGCGGCAGUGACUCUGGAUCGAGUGUUGGCUUUGCCGGAUAAUGAUACGGAGGCCUCAGCCUGCCUACGCUUCCGAUUCCGCAAGGGCCCCUUCCGCGACGGCGCGGGAGGCUCUUCCCAACUGCACGUGCGGCUCUCGGUACUCGACCGGAACGUGAUCAAGAGCAGCACGCUGACCCGGCACUACUCGCACUGGACACCGUACAGCAUAACCAUCACCCGGCCCAUACAGGUGCAGUUGACGCUGCUGCUAAAGGUGGGAGCAAACAGCGCUCCACAGUACUUCGACCUGACUGAUGUCCUACUUGCCAGUAAACCCUGCUGACUCGUACAGCAGCUCCGCGAGUCCCAGACAAACAGGACGCUCUCGCACCUGCCUCCACACAACCACUCAAUGGCGGUGGACUUUGUUAAUGAAUAAUGAUGUCACCAUGAUUGGAGACCAAUAUGUUGCGUCUGAACUUAAGUAGCAAUAUUAUGGCUGUGGAAGAUAAGAUGCAAAUGCCCUAGAUUCGAAUGUAUGCAUCAGCGCUCGUCGAAUUAUUAGGCUUACCGUGGUUUACCAAUUACGUUCGUAGGGAUUCUAGUACUCAAUUCUUAUCAGGGGCAAACUUGACCUCCGAGCCUCCAACGCAACAUAUUUUGAAUGCUAACAGCUAAGUGUGUAUGUGUGUUCAGAGUUAAAUGUACUCUAGAUUCAGUUUAAUGUAUUUGAAUGUUUGAUUUAUGCUGUCCUAGUUAAACGAGUGCCGGCCGGCUCGCACUAGCAAAAUGUGCUGCAAGUAUCUCGGUAUGCAAAUUUACCAUUUUUACUUGGAUAUCCUUCGAAGUUUAGUGAAAUAAAAUUACUCCCAGAGCCCACAGUACAA